GGGCGGGCGCCUGUCCGGAAGCGCCGGGUCCAGGUUCAAGCCCGGGCCCAUUUAGCGAUCACGGGGCGGGGGUUGUGGCCGUGAGGUGAGGCCGGGCCGGGCCAGGCCGGUGAAUCGGGCAUCGGCGGCGCCGCUGAUGAUGAAUCACUGCACACUGAAGCCACCACCAGACUAGUCGGCCUUACCAGCAGAAUGGUGGACUCUGUCGGCAACUGCGAUUCGCUGUUACAGAGCCCAUGCUGCUCUGUGAACAGCAGCAUGAAGGAUGACUGCAGCAACCACGGCCAGUACUCCCAGGCUGCAUUUGAGGAGUUGCAAGGCUAUGAUGUAGAGUUUGACCCGCCUUUGGAAAACAAAUAUGAGUGUCCAAUCUGUCUGAUGGCAUUAAGGGAGGCCGUUCAAACACCCUGUGGACACAGGUUCUGCCGAGUCUGCAUUGUGAAAUCUAUUAGGGAUGCUGGACAUAAGUGUCCGGUCGACAAUGAGAUGUUGAUGGAAAUCCAGCUCUUCCCAGAUAAUUUUGCAAAACGGGAAAUUCUUUCUCUGACAGUCAAAUGUUCUAACAAGGGCUGUUACCAGAAAAUGGAACUACGACAUUUGGAGGAUCACCAGGUGUGUUGUGAGUACACCUUUGUCAACUGCCCGCAAUGUGAGUCCGUGCUCUGGAGAAAGGAACUGCAGGAGCACAUGGGUUCAGACUGUCCGAAAAGGCCUGUUGCUUGCGAGAAUUGUGCCAUGCUGAUGCCCUAUCAUGAGAAAAAGGGUCAUGAUCAAAGUUGCCCACUGGCCAAUGUCACAUGUGAAUACUGCAACAUGGAGCUCAUCAGAGAACAGAUGCCAAACCAUUACAACCUGGACUGUCCAAAAGCCCCCGUUCCCUGCACAUUCAGUACUUUUGGUUGCCCAGAAAAGAUGCAGAGGAACGACCUGGCGAUGCACCUGCAGGAUUACACGCAGGCCCACAUGCGGAUGAUGGCCCAGACUCUGCGCAGCGUAAGCACGGGAAUGACUUCGCAGAUGUCUUGCAUCGACACGCUGAACUCUGAGGUUGACUUCCAGCCGGCGCACUCCCACAUGCAGCCUUUCCCCCCGCCUGUUCCAACGCCCCUGGUGUCCUGUGACUGCUCACCCCUGGUUCAGAACCUGAGGGAGACUGUCGAGCAGCUGGAGGGACGCCUGGUCCGCCAAGACCACCAGAUCCGAGAGCUGGCGGCCAAGAUGGAGACGCAGAGCAACCAGAUGGGGGAGUUGAAGCGCAGCGCCCGCAUGUUGGAGGAGCGCCUGGGUGAGUUGGAGGCUCAGCAGUGCCACGGGAUUUAUAUCUGGAGGGUGGAAAAGUUCAGUGGCCACCUGCUGGCGCAGGCAGAGGACCAGCCCGUGGUGCUCCACAGCCCUGGGUUCUACACGGGCAAACCGGGCUACAAGCUCUGCCUCCGCCUGCAUCUGCAGACACGCAGUGCUCAGCGUUACUCCAAUUACAUCUCGCUCUUUGUGCACACCAUGCAGGGCGAAUAUGACAGCUACCUGCCCUGGCCUUUACAGGGCACCAUCCGCCUCUCCAUCCUCGACCAGUCUGAGGGCCCCAUCAAGCAGAACCAUGAGGAGGUCAUGGAGAGCAAGCCUGAGUUGCAGGCGUUUCAGCGGCCUGCCCAGCCGCGCAACCCCAAAGGCUUUGGCUACGUCACCUUCCUGCACCUCAAUGCCCUCAGUCAGCACACAUACGUGAAGGACGACGUGCUGCUUGUCCGCUGCGAGGUGGUGACCCGGGUGGACCAGACCUGGGCAAGGAAGGAUGACUUCCAGCCUCGCUCAGCAGAAGGUGGCCUGUGACAACUGGCUGGAGCCCCACUGCCAUUCACUGGCUUUGUUUUAACAGGGACACAACUGGAAUUAGAACAACGCAGCCAAGUAAUCACAUUCUUUUACCAGGGAAACGGCGAUCUACUUCCUGCAGACAUUAACGUUAAAAGACAGUAUGCCUCAUCUUCUGACUUUGGAAUGACCAGCUGUAAUGCUUAUAUCACUGUGGUUGCUACCGAUAGGCUGCUCACUUUCAAUUGACAGUGUCAGCCACUUACCGUACACUGUAUUUUAUACAUAGUUUUAUUUUUAUAAAAAUGUGAUACAUUUGGAUGUAUGUGGAUUAGAAGAAGGAGGAGGCCACUCUGUCCCCCGAGCUUACUUUGCCAAUCGGUUAAAUCGUAGCUGAUCUGAUUGUAACCUGAACUCCAUGUUCCCACCCACCACAGGCGACCUUUCACUUCCUUGCUUUCUCAGGGAUCUAUCUACCUCUGCCUUAAAUGUAUUCAAAGGCUCUGCUUCCAAUACUCUGUGUGGAAAGGAAGUUGAAAAGACGUAUUAGCCUCAGAGAGAGGAGGGGGGGCAAGAAUUCACCUCAUCUGCCCUAUUUCUAAGCAGCGAUCCCUGGCCCUGGUUAUAGAUUCUCCUACCAGAAGAAGCCUCCUCUCCAAAAAAGGACUUUAUCUAUAUCCCUCCAUUCCCUGCAUAUCUGUGUGCAAAUACGAAUCUAGUCAAUAGACAAUAGGUGCCGGAGUAGGCCAUUCGGCCCUUCGAGCCAGCACCGCCAUUCAAUGUGAUUAUGGCUGAUCAUCCACAAUCAUUACCCCAUUCCUGCAUUCUCCCCAUAUCCCCUGACUCCGCGAUCUUGAGCCUUAUCUAGCUCUCUCUUGAAAGUAUCCAGAGAACCGUCCUCCACCGCCCUCUGAGGCAGAGAAUUCCAGACUCACUGCUCUCUGUGUGAAAAGUGUUUCAUCAUCUCCGUUCUAAAUGCCUUGCCCCUUAUUCUUAAACUGUGGCCCCUGGUUCUGGACUCCCCCAACAUCGGGAACAUGUUUCCUGCCUCUAGUGUGUCCUAACCCUUAAUAAACAUAUGUGUUUCAAUAAGAUCCCCUCUCAUCAUUCUAAAUUCCAGAGUAUACAAGCCCAGCCACUCCAUUCUCUCAGCAUAUGACAGUCCCGUCAUCCCGGGAAUUAACCUUGUGAACCUAUGCUGCACUCCGUCAAUAGCAAAUUAGGGGACCAAAACUGCACACAAUACUCCAGGUGUGGUCUCACUAGGGCCUUAUACAACUGCAGAAGGACCUCUUUGCUCCUAUACUGAACUCUUGUUAAGAAGGCCAACAUGCCAUUUGCUUUCUUCACUGCCUGCUGUACCUGCAUGCUUACUUUAAUUGACUGAUGAACAAGGAUCCCCAGAUCCUGUCGUACUUCCCCUUUUCCCAGCUUGACACCAUUUAGAUGAUAAUCUGCCUUCCUGUUUUUUUUGCUACCAAAGUGGAUAACCUCACAUUUAUCCACAUUAAACUGCAUCUGCCUACUCACCCAACCUGUCCAAGUCACCCUGCAUUCUCAUAGCAUCCCCCCUCACAUAGUUCACACUGCCACCCAGCUUUGUGUCAUCUGCAAAUUUGGUAAUGUUACUUUGAAUCCCUUCAUCUAAAUCAUUGAAGUAUAUUGUAAAUAGCUGUGGUCCCAGCACCGAGCCUUGCGGUACCCCACUAGUCACUGCCUACCAUUCUGAAAUGGACCCAUUAAUCCCAACUCUUUGUUUCCUGUCUGCCAACCAAUUUGCAAUCCAAGUCAGCACUCUACCCCCAAUACCAUGUGCCCUAAUUUUGCCCACUAAUCUAUGUGGGACCUUAUCAAUGCUUUCUGAAAGUCCAGGUACACUACAUCCACUGGCUCUCCCUUGUCCAUUUUCCUAGUUACAUCCUCAAAAAAUUCCAGAAGAUUAGUCAAGCAUGAUUUCCCCUUCGUAAAUCCAUGCUGACUUGGACCGAUCCUGUUACUGCUAUCCAAAUGUGCCGCUAUUUCAUCUUUUAUAAUUGAUUCCAGCAUCUUCUCCACCACCGAUACCAGGCUAUCUGGUCUGUAAUUCCCUGUUUUCUCUCUCUCCGCCUUUCUUAAAAAGUGGGAUGACAUUAGCUGGUCCAUUCUUAUCUCAAGAUAACCUGCCUAUUCCAGCUAUCAAUCUUGUUGACCUUUCUGAACUGCUUUAAUGUAUUUAUAUAAUUCUUGAUAUAAGAAAACCAACUGAGCACCGAGUCGAAACGUACUCUCACCAAAGUCUUAUAAAUUGGUAAGAAAGAACUGCAGAUGCUGGUUUAAUUCGAAGGUAGACACGAAAUGCUGUAAUAACUCUCCACUGAGUUACACCAGCAUUUUGUGUCUACCUUCUAAAUUGGUAUAUAUUUAUGUUAUAUGUAUGAGCUGCUAGAGGCAGGCACAACAACACUUAAAAUACAUUUGGACAGCUAUGUGGAUAGGAAAGGUUUAUAGUGAUAUCGGCCAAUUACGGGGAAAUGUGACUAGCUUAGAUAAGGCUUCUUGGUUGGCAUAGGCAAGUUGGGCCGAGGGACUUCUGUCCAUGCUCAAUGGUUCUCUAUAAUUGAAGCAUAAGCUACCUACUUUUUAUAUUUAAUUCCACCAGCAAUUAAAAAUAGUAUUUCUAUGUUUGCUAAUUACUUGCAUAACCUGUUUACUAGCGUUUAAUUAAUGCACAAAGACAUUGAGUACUCUCUGUAAUCUCUAUAGCUAUUUUUUUUUUUUUUUGCCAAAAUAGACAAUUCCUCAGUAACGUUGUACUCUGUUAGCCAGAUCUUUUCACACUCAUUUAACUAUUCCCUUUUUUGCAACCUCUUGGUGACAACUUUCCUACUUCUCUUUGUGUUAUCAGAAAAAUUAGCAAUCAUAUCUUUGGAGCCUUCAUUGAUCUAUGUAAAUUGUAAACAGUUGGAGGUUCUGCACUGAUACCAUACAUUACAUCUUGUGCAACAGAAAAAGUUAAUGUGCAAUGCUUGGCAGUAGUUAAACAACAACAUUUGUUGCUGGUUCUGUAAGGCAAAUAGCACAACUUUCUUUUCAAGUGUCCACAUCUAUCAACACCACCACUAAAAGAAGGGACCAAGUAAAGAUGAUUACAAAA